GCAGCCUCCGCUCUCUUACCCCGCGCGGUGGAUCACCCUGCGGAAUCGGCGGAGGGUCGGCGCCGCGGCGGGCUCCGGCGGUCGGCGGGCUUCCGCGCAGGGCGGCCGGGCUCCGCGCUGCCGCCGCCGUGGCCCAUGGGCAGAAUCGUCUCGGAAGGCCGGCAUUAAACCAAAAAGAUGUCCCUAUAUGAUGACCUGGGAGUGGAGACCAGUGACUCAAAAACCGAAGGCUGGUCCAAAAACUUCAAGCUUCUGCAGUCCCAGCUUCAGGUGAAGAAGGCAGCGCUCACUCAAGCGAAGAGCCAACGGACAAAACAAAGUACAGUCCUUGCCCCAGUCAUCGACCUAAAGCGAGGAGGCUCCUCAGACGACCGGCAGAUCGUAGACACGCCCCCUCAUGUAGCAGCUGGGCUGAAGGACCCUGUCCCUAGUGGGUUUUCUGCAGGGGAGGUUCUGAUCCCGUUAGCUGAUGAAUAUGACCCUAUGUUUCCUAAUGAUUAUGAGAAAGUAGUAAAGCGCCAAAGAGAAGAGCGACAGAGGCAGCGGGAGCUGGAAAGACAGAAGGAAAUAGAAGAAAGAGAAAAGAGGCGUAAAGACAGGCAUGAAGCCAGCGGGUUUUCAAGACGACCAGACCCAGAUUCUAUAUGGCGGAGCCUAGAGAGCCGGGACCAGGCGCGAGGACCGAAGAGCUGCCAUGCCCGCUCAGGUUCUCACCUCUUUGUCUGCCGCCUUCUCCUCAAUGCCAAGCAGCGCGUACAGAUCCAUUUAGGCUGUCCCUCGGAUCUGUGGCGCCGGGUCGCCAUGGAGAGCAGGUGCUACGGCUGUGCUGUCAAGUUCACCCUCUUCAAGAAGGAGGCGAGUGUUCUCCUAGAGAGCUGGAGGGCCAAGGGAGGACGCGGGGCGAACGGAAGAGCACGGGACUUGCAGGCCCAAGACCCAGCUUGGUGUGGUUUUGACGAAUACGGCUGUAAGAACUGCGGUCGGGCCUUCUGUAAUGGCUGUCUUAGCUUCAACGCUCUGGUACCUCGGGCUGGCAACACUCAACAGAAAGUCUGCAAGCAGUGCCACGCAGUCCUGACCAGAGGAUCUUCUGACAAUACCUCCAAGUGGUCGCCACCUCAGAACUACAAGAAGCGUGUGGCAGCCUUGGAAGCCAAGAAAAAGCCCAGCACUCUCCAGAGCCAGGGCCUAACGCCACAAGACCAAGCCAUCGCUGACCGCCUGGCGCGGCUCCGUCAGGAAAACAAGCCCAGUGAGUUGAAGUGGUGGAAAAGAAGUAUGGGAGGAGCCGCCAUCGCCCCGCCCACUUCUCUUGUAGAGAAAGACAAGGAGUUACCCCGAGAUUUUCCUUAUGAAGAGGACUCAAGACCUCGAUCUCAGUCUUCCAAAGCUGCUAUUCCUCCCCCAGUGUAUGAGGAACCGGAUAGACCAAGAUCUCCAACUGGACCCAGCAACUCCUUCCUUGCUAACAUGGGUGGCACAGUGGCUCAUAAGAUCAUGCAGAAGUAUGGCUUCCGGGAAGGCCAGGGGCUGGGGAAACAUGAGCAAGGGCUGAGUACUGCACUGUCAGUGGAGAAGACCAGCAAGCGGGGCGGCAAGAUCAUUGUGGGUGAUGCGACGGAGAAGGGCGAGUCUCAGGAUGCAUCCAAGAAGUCGGAUUCAAAUCCAUUAACUGAAAUACUUAAGUGCCCUACUAAAGUGGUCCUGCUGAGGAACAUGGUUGGUGCAGGAGAGGUCGAUGAAGACUUGGAAGUUGAAACCAAGGAAGAAUGUGAAAAAUACGGCAAAGUUGGGAAAUGUGUGAUAUUUGAGAUUCCUGGUGCCCCUGAUGAUGAAGCAGUACGGAUAUUUUUGGAAUUUGAGAGAGUUGAAUCAGCAAUUAAAGCUGUUGUUGAUCUGAAUGGGAGGUAUUUUGGUGGACGGGUGGUUAAGGCAUGUUUCUACAAUUUGGAUAAAUUCCGAGUCUUGGAUCUCGCAGAACAAGUUUGACUGUCACCUAAAGUCACUUCCAUGAUCUUUAUAUGAGCUGCAGACUGAGCAAUGACACUGGCAUCAGCCUCCAUGGCUGUUGGACACAGACUCUUGGACGGACUUCUGAGAUAUAUGUUGAUGGAUCCCUUUUUUAUUUUGUGGUUUUUUUAAUAUAGUAUAAAAAUCCUUCAAAAAAAACCUGUGUGCCUCUGGUUGUUUUCUCGCUGCUGCUUCUGUGUCGGUUGCUUUCACUGGGAUUUCAUGCCAUGCAGCAUGUCUGGACCUAAAAGAUCUAGAAAGGCUGAGAGUGGAGUUUGUAUUAACUCGUCCUCUUCCUCCUUAAUAAAGCAUUGAAGUUACAGAGCUGUAGCUUUAUACAUUGUACAAUAAAGUCACGUUUUGGCGGUCUGC